AAUAAAUAUUAUUUUUUUUAGAAUGCCAAGAAGAAGUGGAUCAUCAUCAAGAUCAACAGCAAGUCCAUCAAGGAGUACAGCUACAGCUGCCAGACCAGCCCCUCAAACUUAAGCUCCACCAUAAGCACCAGCAAGAUCAGGAGGUAUGUUUUCUGGCCUUGGAUCAACUUUAAUGUAAGGAAUGGCCUUUGGUGCAGGAUCUGAAGUAGCUCAUUAAGCUAUUAGAUCAGUUAUUGGAGGUUCAGGUAUGAUUUCUUAGUAAUUUAAAAAUAGGUCAUUCUUAACCAGCAGAACAACCAGCUUAGCAAUAGGCUCCAUAAUAGCAAUAAUAAACUUGUCAAAGUGAAAGUCAAAUGUUUUCUAACGUAACAUUUUAUUAUAUAUGGUUAGUGUUUACAAACAAAUUAAGACAUCACAAGAUGCUAGCCAUAUAUGGAUAUUUUCAAGGAGUGCUAAAAGAAAUACAAUUUAUGAUGAUUAAUUAUUGCAUUAAAUAAAAUAAAACAAAAGACAUUAUUCUU